AUGAGAUCGGCGCCAGGAACCCAGCCGUCAAAGAGCGAUUCCUGGGAUUUGGCAAAAGGCCAGCAGGGCGCGGGAGUAAGGCGGCAGGAGGACACAGAGGAGACGGAGUCGCUGACGUCAGCAAACGAGGCCGACGGCGAGGAGUCGGUGGAGGAUUAUCAAAAGGACGUGGGAGCAGAUCACUCGCCGGGCAGCAUGAGCAAGGCAGGCGAGAGGCGUCACGGAGAAAAACGCGAAGAGCGAGGGAAGGCGACGGGAUCAGAUCGCUCAGCAGACGAAGUGCGUGGGCGUGGUGAGAGGCGACGCGGGGGCGCGGAAGCAGAUCGCGUGCCAGAGGAGGUGCGCGGAGGUGACGUGAGACGCCAAGGGAGCCGCGCAGAUGCAGAUCGCGCACCAGAGGAGGUGCGCAGAGAUGCAGAUCGCGCACCAGAGGAGGUGAGCGGAGGUGACGUGAGACGCAAGGGGAGCCGCGCGGAUGCAGAUCGCGCACCAGAGAAGAUGCGCGGAGGUGACGUGAGGUGCCAGGGGAGCCGCGCGGAUGCAGAUCGCGCACCAGAGGAGAUGCGCGGAGGUGACGAGAGGCGCCAGGGGAGCCGCGCGGAUGCAGAUCGCGCACCAGAGGAGAUGCGCGGAGGUGACGUGAGGCGCCAGGGGAGCCGCGCAGAUGCAGAUUGCGCACCAGAGGAGGUGCGCGGAGGUGACGUGAGACGCCAGGGGAGCCGCGCGGAAGUGGCAUGA